AAUCGCUUCUCGCCGGCUGGUAGGGAUUCAGACAUCAUGCUGUCAUCUGUGGGCGGUGUCACUCUAUAGCGUGUAUAUACAAUCUGAGUGACAAACACAUAUACACAGUCCUACCCUGACGGUGAAUUCAGGAGGAAGCUCAGCUCGAUGGCGUUGAAAAUGGAUUUAAAUACAAUCAUAGAGCAAAUGGAGACGGGAGAACAAGACACUGCUCUGACGGCUCUACAGACCUACAACAAGGAGAUGAACCAGUGCUUUACAUUCAGCAGGGAGGAGGAGCAGGACAGAGAGCAUCUGGGGGAAUUGGUGCUCAGUUUCCUGAACAGGGAGUUGCAGCCUUCCUGUCAGCUGGCAUGUCUAGAAACAGUUCGCAUCCUGUCCAGAGACAAACACUGCCUGGAUCCCUUCAUCAGUCGCUCUGCCAUGUCCACUCUCGCCCGCUAUGCUGGCAUCGCUGUGGCCGGCACUGCCACACCUGCCAACAGCAAGCCUGUAGAGGGCCAAGUGGAGGGUGAGGGAGGAGAGGGGGAACAGGCAGAAGAAGUUUCCAGUGAGCUGGUGAAGGAAGCCUCCCCUCCUUCAGAAAACCCUGACCAGGAAGUGAUUGUUGAGGCUCUCAAGUCCAUUUGUAACAUCCUGCUACACAAUGAGACAGGACAGGUGGUAGCAGCAGACCUACAGUUGAUAAAGGGUGUGGCAGAGAGACUGAAGCAGUGUCAUGAUCCCACCUGGAACCAUGAGGUGCGUUUCUUUGACUUGCGCCUCACCUUCCUGCUGACUGCCCUGAGAGUGGACAUUAGGGCACAGCUAGCUCAGGAGCUUCACGGCAUCAGUCUGCUCGGCAACCAGUUGGAUGCCACACUGGGUCUGUGUUGGCCAGAUACAUUGGAGACGGCCAGGGCAGGGUUAGAGGGCGUCCCACCUGAAGAACUACCCCCACUGAGCCGGGAACAGACAGAAGUAGCCAUGGAAAUACUGAAAAUACUGUUCAAUAUCACGUUUGAUACGACUAGACGUAAGGUCGACGAGGAAGAGGCAGCGGAGUACAGACAUUUGGGAGCCAUACUGAGACACUGUCUAAUGAGCCAUGCAGAUGGAGAGGAGCGGACUGAGGAGUUCCACAGCCAUACUGUUAACCUGCUGGGUAACCUGCCUCUACCCUGUCUGGACGUACUGUUGAUGCCCAAGGUGCAACAAGGCUCCAUUGAGUACAUGGGGGUCAACAUGGAUGCUGUCAACAUGCUGUUGGAAUUCAUGGAGAAAAGACUUGACCGGGGCCAUAAGCUGAAGGAGACCCUUCUCCCAUCACUAAACUUGCUGACUGAGAGUGGCCGCAUCCACAGAGAGACCAGGAAGUUCCUCAGGUCAAAGGUGCUGCCCCCACUGCGUGAUGUGAAGAACAGGCCAGAAGUGGGCAAUGCCCUGAGGAACAAGCUGGUCCGUUUAAUGACACACAUUGACACUGAUGUCAAGAACUGUGCUGCUGAAUUCCUCUUUGUUCUCUGCAAAGAGAGUGUUUCAAGGUUCAUUAAGUAUACUGGAUAUGGAAAUGCUGCAGGUCUGCUGGCCGCUAGAGGACUGCUUAGGGGAGGCAGAGACUCUGGGAUCUACUCUGAAGACGAGGACUCUGAGACAGAGGAGUACAGAGAAGCCAAGGCCCAUAUAAACCCAAUAACAGGAGUUGUAGAAGAGGAUCAGCCAAAUCCCAUGGAGGGAAUGACAGAGGAGCAGAAAGAAUAUGAAGCUAUGAAGCUGGUCAACAUGUUCGACAAACUGUCAAGGACCAAUGUGAUCCAGCCCAUGCAGCUCGGUAUGGACGGGAAGAUGAGAGAGAUGACUCCAGAGGAUCUGCACAAACUGACCCACAAUCCUUUGUUCCAGCCAGAAGAGCCAGCUGACUCAGACAAUGAAGAUGAAGCUUAGUAAACACAGAAUUAUAAAAAAUGGUAAAGGCAGAAACAGAUUUUAAACCCUGUGGCAGUCCUGGUAGAUCUGUCUCAUUAUUUUAAAUAUUCACAUGCCACAUGGUCCAACCUGUUCCUGUUUGUUCAUUCUGAUGGGCUGUGAGUUGUGGAAAGCUGGGAUUAGUUUAGUCAGAGUAAAGACUGCAUAGAGUACAUGGGAAACAGCUUGAAGGAUUAUAUGACUGGCUUUAUAUGUGCUAUCCUGUCAACUAGAAAUCACCAGUGUUUUAUUGCUGACCAUUUUCCAAAGACAAUCACUAGUUUUCGUCUAGAUGAGUUUUCUUCCACCCAGACAUUUGUUUUAAUUCAUUUCAGUGCGCUGUGAAAACCAACUUGGCUUAUGGGUGGUAUGGCAGCACUAUAACAACACCACAUUCAAUUCAAAUCUUUCACUUCUUUGCAUAAGAGCACCAAAUCUGCAUAAACAGGAACAUUACCAAUAGGCUUGGCUAUAGAAUUGUUUUAAGGUUGAGAUGCAACUUUGUUCCUCAGUCAACUAAAGAUUUGUGGCUAAUGUUAGCUUUGGUGGCCUCAGGGGGAAACACAUAUCAAAAAGUGGUGAAGGAAAUUCUGGUCCCCGAGACUUAAAAUGAUUGGAUCAUAAAACAGGUCUAAUACCAAAAUAAAUUAACUUUGAAAUUAUAGAUUUCUUCACUGAUGAUUUUCCUCAAAAGAUACAAACUUUUGUCAUGUUGCAGCCUUAUGUUAAAAUAAUAUUAAUGAACUAAAUACUCAUCAAUCAAUACAACAUAAUGACCAAGUGAAAACAAAAUUUUAGAAGUUUUUGCAAAUUUAUUAAAAAGGGAAAAACUGAAAAAUCACAUUAGUAUUCAGACUGUUUGCUGUGACACUUGAAAUUUAGCUCAGGUUCAUCCCAUUUCUCUGGAUCAUCUUUGAGAUGUUUCUCCACCUUGAUUGGAGUCCAGCUGUGUUAAAUUCAAUUGAUUGAAUUUGAAAAGGCACACACCUGUCUCACAGCUGACAAUGCCAUGAGGUCAAAGGAACUGCCUUCAGAGCUCAGAGACAGGGUUGUGUCGAGGCACAGAUCUGGAGAAGGCUACAAAAAACCUCUGCUGCUUUGAAGGUUCCUAAGAGCACAGUGGGCUCUUUGAUUCUUACACGGAAAACGUGUGUAACAACUAGGACUCUUCCUAGAGCUGGUCGUCCAGCCAAACAAAGCAAUUAGGAGAGAAGGGCCUUGGUAACAGAGCUGACUAAGAACCUGAUGGUCACUCUCUCUGAGCUCUGGCAUCCUGUGUGGAGAUGGAAGAAAGUUCCAGUUCCAAUUUCUAAAAUUCUGCUUUUGCUUUGUCAUUAUAGUUUAUGGAGUGUAGACUGAUGAGAGGACAAAAUUGUUGUUGUUGUUGUUUUUAAAAUGUUCUCUUUAGCAUAAGGCUGAAACAUGACAAAAUGUGAAAAAAGUAGAGGGGUCUGAAUAUUUUCUGAAUACAUUGUACUGAGCGCUGUGGCCAUUUUGUUGACCGUUCCUGGCUCCAAAUAAUCAGCACCUCUCUGACACAAAACCUGAACCUCCAACACACACAAGUGCGGCGUGUUUGUAUGGUUCAGGGUUAUUUAUUUGAAUGGGCCUUUGUGACCAACAUGCUAAUGAUCAAACAGUCACAGUGUGAAAUGAUAGCAUGCAGACUGCAAAACACAAACUACAAACACAACAACUAGCUGGGUUCACCCAGCACCUCCUACCUGAGAUUCAAACCACUGACAACAUGUUAUUCCAAUAGUCUUGAUUUGAUUUGUUGAGGUUCUGAGGUCCUCACUAAUGAGACUUCUGCCACCACCUCAAAGCACAAAGGUGAAUGUAAUUUGGUUUGUAAUGAGUAAAGUUUUGAAAAUGACAUUUAAAAAACUUAACAGUCCCAUGACUUUUCACAAACAACAUCCCAGUCAGUGUUACUCAGGAUAAUCUACAGACCUCACUGUGUUCACAGUGGAAAGUCUUUGUUUGAAAUGAAACUCUGUACAUUUUUACACAGGGUUGGAGCUUUUUGUGAUCAGAUGAAGACGUGUCAUUUCUUCUUUUCAUGAGAGCAGAGGAGACUGUGUGAAAGUUAGCCAAAGAGAUGUUCAGUUUGUGACGAUGGAAUCAACUGUGUUUCUGAAAGAAAAAAACAAAACAAUGAAUUUUAGAUGCCUGUUGUUUUUCAUAAAGCCCUUCAGAGGUUUAUUUUUAGAAGUCAAAUGUGAAACUGCUGACAGAUAAAUUAUAAUUUUAGACUGAAGAUGAAAUAUUCUUACGCUAAGAGAGAGUCUGUAAUAUGACGCACACUAUAUAUUAAAUGUAUUCUCCUUUAUAUUGUUAUUGUAUAGUUGCCUGCUAUCAUGGACUGUAAUAUACAUUAAGUGUGUUUAAAUGACUUGAAAUGAA